UCGGCCGGGAUGCUUGUGACUACGCUCACGCAUUCGUAGUUUAAACUUUAAUAGCUAUUCAGCAGAUGUACUUAGUCUAGUGAAGGUGGACUGUCACAAAGAUGUCCUGUUCCGGAGUUGUGGCAUGGUUAGGGUUAAUUCUCCUAAUCUGUGUGGACGUUACAUUGUCGGAGAGUCGCUGCGACUGGCAUUGGAAUGGCUGGAGCACCUGUAACGCCCCUUGUGGGACCGCGGGAACGCAGACACGCACGGCUAGCGGCUGCGCCGCCCCGGGCGAUGAAACACGGACCUGCCACCGCUUCUGCCGCAAGGACAGGGCGACGCCUCGGACUACAUCAUAUGCAUGCUCGUGUUCAGAUGAAUUUUUGGAUACAUGUUCUUGUUGUGAUACCUGCACUGCAUGGUUGCAAGUAUUUGCGACCGUUAAAGGGACAGGACAAGCGGCCUUCAGUGCAUGGAGUGCUGGAGCUGGUGCAAACGUCUUACACGAAAAAAGUCCUAUGGUUGAGCAGUGGGGAUCACUUCCCAUCAAACGGGUGAAGAUUGUACUGGAAGCCUCUACUGGAGAUGUGGAGUUGAUAUUCAAUGGAGAAAACACAAACAAGUACAACUGGUUCACCAGGGCUCGUCUGCUCUCGUCCCCGUGGAGUGACAUCAAUUCUCAGCCUAAAAACUUCUUUUCGAUUGCAGGAGACAGUGGAAAUCAACGAAGAUUUUUCAUAAGUCGGAGCUACGACAGCUGUCCCCGGGACUAUGGUUGGAUGGUGGUGGCCGAAAGAGGAGGGGGGUGUGGAUGGGAACACAUGACGUCCGGGAACCAGCCACCGAAGAUAUUGUUUUCUAGGACAACUCGACACACCAACUGGAACGCUGGAAAUGUCGGAAGGGCCGAUCGCAUGGUCAUUUACAUCAGAAUGCCAUGCAACCUCAUAACUAAUUGUGAGCGGCUGAUCUGCACCAACAUGACCAACCAACAGUGUAACCGGUGUGAGUACGACAGAGGAGCGGAGAUCAAGGCGUAUCACCUGGUUACCGCAGAAGGCUAUCCUAAUAGAGUCUGUGAACAACGAUGCUCAUGGAGACCUGACAGCAAGUUUUGUUAUCCCGGCUCCUGUCCCAAUAUACCCUCCAACUGCACAUGCGCACCUGGCUUCGGCGGGAACAACUGUCUGACAAUUUCAUCACUGCCGUCAAUUAUGCAUUGCCUAGCAAAGCUGAUGCGAGUUGUCAAUGGCACGGAGAAGGACACAACGGAAGCUGAAUGUCGUGGGGUAACUGCGCCCUCUACCGUGUUUGUCGGGAGACACAUCGCCUACAAUAGACUCCAGAUGACGUGGGACAGCAGCUGGAUAGGACCAUCUGCCGAGGACUGGCCGAGGCCGUACUAUAUCAACGACUUCAAAGUUGGCAUCAUUUCAGCAAAUUCAAGCUGGAGACUUCUGAGAGGUGGGACGGAGUUACAGUCGGGAAGAAUCGUGUGCAACAUCGGACACAACCGAGAUGAUCCGGAUACAAACCUACAUGACUGCGUGAAUCAUGACGACUUGGUCCUUCCGACACUCCAACAUGGCGACAGAAUAGAGUUCAAAGUUCAGGCCAACAACGGUGGAUAUGUCGUCAUCAAUAACUACGACCGUUCGGACGGGGUAGUGACCCAGAACCCUCGUCUGUACUACCGAGGGACAGAGGUCAUCCACACAGCCCAUUUCACCUAUGACCUUAUUGACCCGGUUCACUGCUCUGUUGCCGGUAAUUGUUCUUCCAAACCUGUCGAGAUCGGUCCUCCGUUCACCAAAAACGGACAAAUCCAGAUGAGAUGGUCCGGCUGGAGUGACGAAGGUUCGGGACUGGGCCUGUAUGAGUACGAGGUGUACAAACUCCAGCCGUACGGAGACGUGCUGGGCAUGAGAUCUGUGACUCCCUUCGCGACUGGAUCUCUCAACGCAUCGGAGGGAGCUGGCAUGGUCGAAGUGACACUGGAUGUCCCAGGUACAUAUUGCUUUUUCCUGACGGUUGACGACGUUGCUGGGAACUACCAGCGCGCUAGAAGGUUCCUGAUCUAUGACGACGUCAACAACGUGACGGUGGACGCGCACUACCCACUGUGGGCUGACAGCGCAGGAGCGAACACAAGUCACCUCUGGCAAACAGACCUACAGGACUCCCUGGGAACAGGGACAAAGGUUUCUCUCCAAUGGCCUGGACGAUACCGAAAUCUGUUCCAUGAUCAACACAAACUCCUUGCCGCCAUAGAGCAAUACGAUCCUGCGAUUCCCGAUGGAUAUGAGGAGGUCAACGGUCUUCCUCCAGAAGAAAGAUCCUUGCAGGCCAUUCCCAACAUUUAUGGUAUCACCAAAAUUGAGACUGCUUUCGCCGUGGAUCACGCCGGCGGGCGGACCAUUACGACCCCUCCAAACAAUUGGACCAUGCUGCACGAUGUUACCGUCGAGAGGGCUGAUCUAGAUAUUCCCAGACGAGACGGCGACUCCAUUCGACUCUGGGUACAAGCCUAUGACGUCAUCGGAAACUUUGUGCAAGAAGAGGUCAUAGUUCACGUGGAUUCCAGCCCACCUGUGGUGGAGAACUUCUGGCUCAACAGACACGGUGUACCAUCGCUGGCGGUUCACCACUCUUCCGAUCUGUUCACAAUGAGGUUUGAAUUUGAGGCAUUUGAUGACCACAGCGGUCUGCACAGCAUUCGUUGGAAGCUACAAGACUUCCUAAAUGGUUCCACAGUGCACGGGGAGGGGCAAGUAGCUGUCAGAAGACCCUCUGCCCUAUAUCCUGAGUGCGAUCCGCCACACUGCACCUGCAUUCCCAAGGACAACGAGUGCUACUUCCGUAACUACGAGAUUGUGCCCGAUCUCAACAAGAUGGACAUUCCAGUCGGGUCACAUGAUCAUGAUUACGUCUUUGUUGUCACGGCAACCAACAAUGCCAUGCUAAUGACGACAGUAACAUUUCAGGUGACUGUGGAUGAGAGUCCACCAACGACUGGACACGUUCAAGACGCGCUACCAGGACAGAGGGACCUGGACUUCCAACAGGACCUACAGCUGCACGCCUGGUGGGACGGCUUCUUCGAUCGGGAGAGCGGCGUACAGUUCUACCAGUACGCCUUCGCUAACAGGUGUCUGGGGCAGGACGAGUUCGGCAUCCCUCGGCCACAGCAUGUGCACAAUACGACUGAUAAGUUUGGUACGUGGACUGCACCUGUAGCUGGUACGUACUUCUGUACCGUCGUGGCUUACAAUCCAGCCCUCACACCAUCUUCGCCUGUCUGCUCUGACGGUAUCACUGUGGAUAUCUCUCCGCCUUCCGUUCGUCACAUCAAGAUCUCGGGAUUUCGCGCGAGACCUGGGAUGGUGAUCGACUCUGAAGAAAAGGUUUGGAUCGUGGAUGAAAACGGUGAACGAGAGAUUGUGAUUGACCCACCAGAAAGUUGUAGGAAUGCCAGCAGAAGAGUUGACGAUAUAGAACUGUUGCCAAUUGCCGAACCUCCGUACGGACGUAACACUACGUCACUUAACUGCACACAGCUUGGACCACUCCCUGAAGUGGGCUACUUACCAGUAGAGAAUCACUUACACAUCCAAUGGGACGGCUGGGAUGACGAAAGUGGCAUAGCUGACUAUGAGGUUGGCCUUGCCAGUACCAGGUCAGCUUCGGUCUCUCCUGAUAUGCACACUUUCGUAUCUACCAAGUCCCACACGGAGCUUAUCCUGCAUCACCCAAACCUGGCGCAAGGGGCGCUGUUUUACAUCGUCAUCCGGGCAACAAAUAGGGCUCUUCUUUCUGCUUUGAAGGUAUUUGGUCCCAUAACUGUUGACGUCACACCGCCAGUGAUUGAAACAUCUGUCAACGUGACUCACGCUACAUCAAACAAUGAAGACUUCCUAGUAGCAACGUGGUCCGAAGGCUCAAUCUACGACCCUGAAGACACAGCGAAACUAGAACUGGAAGCAGCGGUUGGUCAUCUUUCGGGGUCUGCCGAACUGUUUACAUUUUCACCUGUCGAGUCAAGCACUCUUUGCCCCACUACGACUCCGCCAUCUUGCGUGAGCCUUCCCGUCAGCAAUUUCGAGUGGCAUCUCCAUGGUAACCAUGUCUAUUACGUCACGGUGAGGGUAACCAACUCUGCCGGUCUGACGUCAUCUGUGACGUCGAUGCCUUAUCACCAUAAUGUUGAGCUGCCGUCCGUGGGAGUAGUAUUUGAGUUGGCAGAGUCAAGUGCGACAGAUGCACUGCAGAACCCUCCUGACAUAGAUCACCAAACCAGCCAAUCAGAGAUCAGAUGUCGAUGGUUCGGCUUCGCGCAUGCCUACCAGGACAUCAGCUAUUUGGCCGGUGUUGGCAGUGCUCCUGGUUUGGAUGACGUGGUGCCUCUGGAGUUCAUUGGAUCAUCUACGUCACACGUCUUCACUGGACUUAAUCUUGCACAUUUCCAGUGGUUUCACGUCACCGUUGUAGCGAGAACAGAGUCCGGGGAAGUGAACUCCACGUCAGACGGGGUGGCGGUGCUACCGUUGGAUGGAGAGUUAGUUGGAGCCAGAGUAUAUGAUGGAUCCUGCUAUUCUCCCAAUCUGUUCAACGAGUCACAAUUCACACAUGCGUCGGUGCCAUUUCCUGGGUCAUGUGCAGACGACAUCAACUUCCAAGUGUCAACGACAACCUUGCAUACGUUUUGGAGCGUUCCGGGGUCAACCGGAGAGUUCGUGACGUCCGUCCGAUGGUCUUUGGAGAGAGAGCAGUCGCUUGGAGGAUCUAACAUAACAUGGGAGGUUGUACGAACGCUUCAAGGCGUCCCAAACAACGGCUUCCAUGUAGCUACAGAGUUACAGCUGUCGCCAGGUGCACGGUACCGUGCGUCUCUACACUUCUGCCACCAGGCCGGCUGCUUCAAACCUGUUGCAUCCGAUGGAUUCUGGGUAAUACCGGAACCACCUGUGCCGAACGAAAUACAAAGUAUAGAGUAUAACGAAUUAAACUUGUCGCUCGCUUUUUCUUGGAGAGAAUUUGUCACUAGAGAGCUGAUUGGAAACGAGAUACUGCAAACAAUGGCUAUGGAUAUCUACGAGUGGACACUCUCUGUGACAAGGAGGGAAAAUUCGGCACUGGGCACCAUCUUGUAUCCAUGGCAGCCAGUCAUAGACUUGAGAAGAUCAGGACAGGAUAUCCAGAUAACAGCUACUGUAAACCUCCCCAACCGUAUGGACUUCACCACAUGUAUAAAACUCCUUCUGCGCGGAAAGAACAAGGCGGGGCUUUACUCCGUGACGUCACGGGAAAUUUACGACUGUGACGAUCCUGGGUCCAUCAGUGUCCGGGAUCCGGUUGUCUUUGACGCUGUUCCAGACUUCAACGCAACAUUGGCUGUACACAGUGGCAUCUCUUUGUCCACAAACGAGUUUUGGACAGUCCCAGAUGAAGACUUCACCCGUUCCGAGGAUACCCUCUCCGCUGUCUGGCCAGCCUUGAGACACGGACAUUACUAUUGGAAGGUUCUCUCCGGGGAUGCCAUUGAGCGCUGGUCGUACCAUAGACACGAGAAUGAGCUCAACUAUCACUCCUUCCGCUGCGAUGAACCGGAAAGCCUCAAAUGUGGUCAAACUAAGGACAACUUUGUCAACGUCAGAGGACUAGAGCUACAGUAUGGCCAUUGUUACUUUGUCUGCAUUUUUGCCGAAGAAACUACGUUGGUGUAUGAAACGUUUGAACAGGUGGCAGAGGAAGUUUCCGUUUGUUCAAAUGGAGUCGUUGUGGACCAUGACCAACCAGUUCCUGGAGAAGUACAUAUUGGAUGGGGGAAUGAAAAGUACCAAACGUCCACUACAGAGUUGCCCAUUAUCUGGGAGUCCUUCAGAGAUGUGGAAGUACACGGAAACACAGGCCAUCACCACACGGGGGUAAUGAAGUACGAGUAUGCCAUAGGGACCUCGCCAGGUUUGAUGGAUGUCCGUCAGUACGUGGAUGCCGGACUGACCAAUCACGCUGUCGCUCGUGGAUUAUUGCUUCAGAGUGGGCACACGUACUACGUCACUGUUAGAGCUACUGAUCACGUUGGUCUUCAAACAAUUGCAACGUCAGCAGGUAUAACGAUCGACACGACGCCACCUUCUAUCACAGACACUCGUAUUGACGUGGGAGGGCGUUACCUGCUGUCUAAAGACGUCGUUUCAGUCAACUGGGAGGGGCUUUUCUUUGAUCUGCAGAGUGGAGUAAAGGAGUACGCGUGGUGUAUUGGAUCACAGCCAGGGCAUGAUGACGUCAUACCGUACCUUGACGUCGGCCCAGAGGAGCAGGCUUCAUCCGAUCCCGGCAGCAGCCUAGGGCUUCAUGAGGGGUACACCUACUUUGUGACAGUCAAGGCUACCAAUGGGGCCGGACUGGUGACUACAGCGUCGUCUUGGGGAUUUGUAGUUGAGGCAUCGCCACCUUUGCCUGGUUUUGUGCACGACGGAGGAGAGGAUGACAUCGAUUAUCAGCACGACCUGUCUACCGUUACCGUCACGUGGGGAGGUUUCAGCGAACCUCACACUGACAUCCUGGAGUACUCGUGGAUGAUUGGCACCUGCUCGGGAUGUGAUGACGUCAUGGAAGAACAACAUGUCGGACUCAUGGCUGAGGGCAGCGCUACCGACCUAGACCUACAGCCGGGGAUUAGGUACAUCGUGACGGUGACAGCCUGUAACGUGGCAUACCUCUGUACCACCGUCAGCUCAGACGGGGUCAUCCCGGACACCUCGCCUCCUCUGGCCGGAGCAGUCCUCGACGGGACCAGCGAUGGAGACAUACGAUACCAAGCAUCCAGGACAACAGUACGGGCGCACUGGUUCAAUUUCCACGACCCCCAUAUCGGGAUUUCCCAUUACGAGUGGAGGGCUGGCACGGGCAGAGGCUCAGGAGACAUUUUUCCGUCUCAUCGACUGCAUCUCACCGAGCAGGCGUUCGCAUCUGGACUAGACCCUCCACUACCACUGGGAAUCCCAUUGUUCGUGACGGUCAGGGCCUACAAUAAAGCAGGUCUAUGGGCUGAGAGAUCAUCAAAUGGGUUCAUCGUAGACAACUCCCCACCAUCGGUCGUUACCGAUCCAACAAUUGACUCCACGGUCGGCUCUGGCACUCAGGUUUGGAGAGACACCUUGCGGGCAACGUGGGAUUUUGUAGACCAUGAGAGCCCACUGCAGCACCACACAGUAACCCUGUACACCCAUCAUCAGUCGGACCUGACUACAGAACCCGUCCGGCUACCGGGAGACGCCGACGGCCACACCUUCUCCAACCUGACGCUACACGACGGAGACACGUACUACGUCAAAGUUACGGCUUGUAAUGCUGCCAUGUUGUGUACAACAAGGGAGUCCCCAGGACAAAUGGUGGACUCAUCGCCUCCUACAGUCGGUACGUUUGCAGUGGCCACUGAUCACGUGGUAGAUCUCGGGCGUCCCGUUGACGGGGAGAUGACGUACUGGCAAACCGACGGUUCUAUCGGACCGCACCUUCGUCUGGCUUGGCUGGGGUUUGUGGAUUCUCACAGCGGCGUAGACCACUACCUGGUCACAGUUGGGACGUCUUAUAGCGGCACGGAUUUAACUCCGGCUGGACCUAUAAGGAUCAACCAUACAACGACCAAUGGAUCUUCGACCGAGGGCCAGGUUCAGCUGGGAACUGUACCGGUAGGCAGGGACUUGAUACCAGGCGAAAGGAUCUAUGUCUCAUUGUGGGCAGUUAAUGCGGUUGGAUUAAACGGUGACGUUGCGCAUGCGACUUUUGAAACAGUCCCCUCCAACCCAAGGAGUGGAGUUCUCGACUUAGUGCGCAGGUGCCUGGGUCAGUCUUGCCAAGGUCACUGCACUUGCGCACCGGGCAACCAGAAAUGUCAACCAUCCGGCAUGACCUGUAAUGUCGUCACUGGUAUGGUAUCAGUUGACUGUAACAAAUUGCCUUUUGUGUGCCUGAGCGUUUGCAUGGAACUUGACAACAUGUUUUUAGAUGAAUGCAACCCGCUGACAUGCUUAUGGGUUACCUUCAGGUUACUGUAUAUGCGAAGUGUUAUCGCAUACAAUUAUUGUCUUAUAUCUUGUCAUACAGGGUACUCACAAUGUGCAUUAGUUGAAGUAUUUGACACGAUGAAUCUUGAAACAAUGGUACCGGAAAACCAAGAUGUCAACUUUACCAGAUCAUCGACUACUCUUGCUGCAACGUGGAAGGCAGAACAGAACGGCAAGAUUCCUGUGAAAAGGUACGAGUGGAGUGCAGGUCUUGCCGGAGAUGCUGUUGGAAGUCACGUGUUCGACACUAGUACCGACCGGAUAUGGCAUGACGUCGGCAAACGGACAUCCGCAAUUCUUACGUUACCAAAAGACGGAACCUACGCUUCUUUGCAGCCACGUGUCACGUACGUUUGGUAUGUGAGGGCCUGGUACAAUGAAAACGACUUCGCCAUUUUCACAUCGGACGGUGUGAAGAGCCUGCCACUACCACCACAGGUCUCUACAUCAAGGAAGGUGAAAGACUUACAGACUCUUUCUGCAACCAAAGACAAGGAUUUCACUACCAGCCAGACCAUGAUCGCAGUUUCCUGGAACAACGUCUUCCCUGAUCCAUUUGAAGAAAUAAACAAUUAUCAGGUUGCUUUGGGAACAUCUCCAGGAGCUUGUGACGUCGUUACAUGGGGAGUUGUAAGGACAACCCCUGACGUCACCAGGGCGUCCCUGGAAAACCUGUCCCUCCAGACGGGCGCGACGUACUACAGUAGCGUCAGGGUAACCAACCACGCAUGGCUGCACGCCACUGUUACAUCAGACGGGAUUAAGGUAGACACCAUCGCCCCCGCGGCUGGCACAGUGUAUGACGGGUUUGGUCUCCAUGAUGCUGACUAUCAGAACGACAGUCUCACCGUGUGGGCCACGUGGCACGGCUUCUCAGACCUGGAGUCCUACAUACGCCAUUACAUCUGGUGUGUGGGGUCAUCUCCUGGAGCGGAGGACAUUCUUCCAUGUAGGGACGUCGGUGUUGCGCUUUCUGCUUCUGAGAAACUCGAUCAGUCUUUAAUAUCAGGUACAAAGUACUACUCGACUAUCACAGCGGUAGAUGCUGCCGGUCUGAGGUCAUCACCAGUAUCCUCCAAUGGUAUCACUGUAGACUCUACUCCACCUGUUGCUGUCGAAAUGUUAGGUUUUGGUCCUAAUCUAGUCAACGACCCUUCAUUUGAACAAUCCAUUUCUUCACUCGGACCCUCAUCAGCGUGGAAUGUAACAGGCACUGUCCAAGCCUUACAUUCCUCAGGGUUUGCUGCCAAAGAUGAACAAACAUGGAUCCAUCUGCAGGGCAGCAUAUUACAAAAGGUUCAGACGCAAAGUGGCGAAAAGUAUCAGCUUACGUUCCACGCAAGACACGUCGACCAAACGGGCCUGGCUCUUCAGUCGCAAGAAGGGAAAGUAACAGCACCAGAUCUGCACAAGACUUUCAAGUUAUACCAACGUUUCGGUACGUUCGACCACAGCGAUCUAACCGAUGGAACAGUUGCUAACUGGCAUCAACACAUCUACUACUUCACAGCAACCAGUUCUGAAUCAGAAAUAUUGUUUAGCUCAGUUGGAAGAUCAGGACUGGGUCUCGAUCAAAUCAGCGCUCGCCUUGUGAAUACAACUGCACGGGAAGCAACAGGCACUGGGAGCACACUUGGGCUGGUUCACGUUCACACGAGCACCGCGGCAGACUGGCACAUUGUACAGGCAAGCUGGGAUCUCGAAGAUCUGGAAAGUUCAAUCGUCAAGUACGAGUGGGCUAUUGGGACAGUACAAGGAGGAACCCAGCUUCAAAGCUUUACAUCGGUGGCGCGCAGAACGUCUGCUCGAAACGAGGAUCUCCGACUUCAACAUGGAAGUACCAUUCACGUGACCGUGGUGGCCACUAACGCUGCGGAGCUGAAGACUGUGGUGCAUUCCGAUCCUAUCAUGGUCGAUCUGACUCCUCCAGUUAUUAGUAAGAUAAAGGAUGGGUUUGAAGGAGACGACGUAGACUACCAGAGCAACCUGACUCUUACCGCUAGCUGGGAGGUUAAGGAUGAGGAGACUGGUGUGAGGCUGUGUGAGUGGGCCCAAGGUCUAAGUCCAGGUUCGACAGAGAUCUCACAUUUCCAGCCAACGGACAGCCUGUCAUCCUCAUCAAAGAACCUGACAGGGCAGAUACAGCACGGUCAGACAGUCUAUACCACCGUGCGGUGUUACAACCACGCUGGGCUGGAGGCUCAAGCCGUGACGGACGGGGUAACCCUGGUCACCAACCCGCCUGACAGCACGGCGGCUAGGCUCCGUGUGGCGCCCCUGUCUUUCACAGUGUUUCAUGUCGAGGAGAGGUACCAGAAUGUGGGGGAAGAGCUUCGCUUCUUCUGGGAAGGAUUUAGAGAUGAAGCUGGGAUAGACCACUAUGAGUUUUCCAUUGAUGGGUCAGACAAUUACACACAUAUCUGGCUAUCGGCUGGUGUUCGCGGAGAGACUUCAGCCACACUGACAGGUCUGGGGCUGAAGUCACACCACACGUACACGGUCUACUGCAGGGCAGUCAACAAGGGUGGGCUGGUCAGCGAUGCUGUCUGGACAAAUGUGACCGUAGAGACGGACCGGCCACUGGUUAACGGUUCAACAGUUGUUAGCCAAUGGCAGCCACCUGACAUACUGCAUCUAGACUGGACGGGCAAUUUCAUCAGCCAAUCAGCACUUGUCUACGAGGUUUCCUUGGGAACCGUGAAGGGAGGAAGUGACGUCAUGCAAUGGGUGGAGACGACGGAAACGGCUAUGAACAUUACAGGGGUGGACCAUAGCAGAGCUCAUUACGUCAUAAUUACAGCUGUUAAUAGAGCUGGUCUUUACGUAUCACAAGUUCACGAAUUGUCGAUUUGAAAUAAUGUUUUGUAAAACCCAAGCGUAAGGUCCAAAGGGUCAGAAAAUGUUUGAUAAUGGCCUUUAAAAUAUGUGGGCCUACUGACGAUUUGUAUCAAUGAAUUUUCAAAGGAAAAUCGUGACGUUGUUGGUAGAGAUAGUUAAAACUGUGUUUUUAUAUAAUUGUUUUCAGAUAUACAUACCAUGUUUUAUUGCUCUGUAUUGAGAUGGAGUUAUAUUACAUUGUAUUAUGAUCUACGAACUGGAAAUCAGAUAAGCUGUCGGUCCAGACAGCAUUUGUCCAACUGUGUCAAAUUCCGACGAAAUCGAAAUGCGUUGCAUUGCCACCAACCCCACUGUAGCAUUGUUUGGAAAUGGCUCAGUGAGGAACUUAUGCUUCACUGUUGUCAUAAUGUGUGACAAAAUGUUGUUUAGUGAUACAUGUAUAACAGUUACGUGUUUUGUUGUGCUGUUAACUCUUCC